GAACCGGCCCAAGACGCCUCUCCUCCUCACCUCACCUCAGGAAGCGCACCGUAGGUUCCGGAACACUCCAGAGCCCCGCCGCCGCCGCGCCUCCAUCUCCACCACGCCACGGCCGACCAAGGCGAGGAGGAGAGACCCAUCCAACCAACGAGAGCACUACAAAAAGAAAGGGGAGGAGCCAGAGGCCAUACCACAACUACUACUGCCUCCGGCGGCAGCCCACGGAAUCGUCCUCGCAGCACCAGCGGCUCUCCGGCGACAAGCGCGAGGAAAUGGCCAAGGAAGGAGCUGGAGGCGGCCCCGACUGGAACGGCCUGCUCAAGUGGAGCCUCGCCCACGGCGCCGACGGCACCAACCCGCCCCGCGCGCUCAGCGAGGAGGACAGGAAAUGGUUUAUGGAGGCGAUGCAGGCCAACACAAUUGAUGUCGUCGGCAGGAUGAAGGAGAUCGCCCAGGUGAUGAAAACCCCUGAUGAUGUGUUGCAGUCUCAUGGCGUCACUCCAGGGAACAUUGAAGGUACCUUCACAGAUAUGCUUGAUGAGUUACAAGAGCAUGUGGAAUCCAUUGAUAAUGCAAAUGAUCUUCAUUCUAUUGGUGGACUAGAUCCUCUACUUGGUUACUUAAAAAAUUCACAUGCUGGCAUCCGAGCAAAGGCAGCAGAAGUUGUGAGUACGGUUGUCCAGAAUAACCCAAAAAGCCAGCAACUUGUCAUGGAAUCUAAUGGACUUGAGCCACUGCUGACAAACUUCAGGUCUGAUCCUAGCACGACCGCACGCACAAAAGCUCUGGGAGCUAUCUCUUCUCUGAUUCGUAAUAAUCAGCCUGGGCUUGCCGCAUUUCGUCUAGGAAAUGGCCAUGCUGCACUGAAAGAUGCACUUGGUUCUGAUGAUGCUAGACUUCAGAGGAAAGCGCUGCAUCUCACGCAGUACCUCCUGAACAACAAGGCGGAUAGGAGCGUCGCUGAAGAGAUCGGUCUUCCGAAUCAACUGAUACACCUCGCAUCCAGCGAAGAUUCUGGAGUCCGAGAGGCUGCCCUAGGUGGCCUCCUCGAGCUGGCGCGUGACAAGGCACCAGUUGCCCUCAACGCUCUACCUGACCAAGACAAGCUGAAGGACGUCCUGAGGAGCCGAAUCGAAGGCAUCAGCACAAUGGACGCCGACGACCUCCAAGCAGCCCGUGAGGAGCGGCAACUGGUGGACUCCCUCUGGAAGGAGUGCUAUGGCGAGCCGUCGUCUCUCAGGGAGAAGGGCCUGGUGGUGCUCCCCGGGGAGGAUGAGCCGCAGCAGCCGCCGCCAGACGUCGCGGGGAAGAUGUUCGAGCCGCCGCUCCGUGCGUGGGCCGCACCGAGGCCUUCUUCGGCGGAGGACUCCGAUUCGGCCAGCGGGAAGAAGGAUCCGCCCCUGCUGCUAGGCCCGUGAGGCCGUGACCGUCUCCGUCUCCGGCUCUAGUUCUUGGUGGAACCCAGCGGAUAUUUUGGGAGGCCGAAGAGCGUGCGUUGAUGGUAGAAGUCUAGCGAUUCUACCUGUAGGAACCUUUAUUUGCCCCAAUGGUUGUACUACGCUGGUCAGAUGUGCGGUUGAUUCGAGUGUUUUUUCCUGCAAAUUUCACAGAUGCUUGUGUUAUUAUCCUUUGCCUCUUGAGCGAUGAUACUGCUAUACACUUGUUAUACAGUAGACACAAUCUGCAAGGGAAAGUACACUGAAGUCAUCGAUCA